AGAAGAUGAGUUGGAAUUGAGGAAGGGUGAGAUGUUUUUGGUGCUGGAGCGCUGUCAGGACGGCUGGUUUAAAGGAACAUCCAUGCACACCGGCAAGAUCGGAGUGUUUCCUGUAACUACAUGAGUCCUGUCAACAGGACUGUUUCUGGCAGCAGUCAGCCAAAAGUUCCCCUGACCCUGUGCUCUCAGGCGGGACGUGGUAUCACCAUCGUCAGCCCCUCCUCUACUUCUCUUGGAGCUGCCUUGGGGAGUGUCGACCCCAGCAAACCCCUUCCCAUGUGCCCUAAUCCCACCCCGUCUUGCCCACUGCCUGCUGCUGUAGUGUCAGCAGCACAUAUACCCACUGGACAGCACCCCAAAGUGCUCAUGCACGUGACUUCACAGAUGACCGUCAACCAGGCACGCAGUGCGGUCAGGACAGCUGUGAGUCAUAGUCAGGACCGGCCUACAGCAGCAGUAACGCCCAUCCAAUCCCACAAUCCUGUGUCCUACCUUCCUAGUACAGCUGUGGUUCUUCAGGCGUCACCCGUCCUCGGCUCCAGCCCGGGAUCCUCCUCAGCCAGAGUCGGUGUGGCUAUGAGCUGUGCCGCCGCCUCCUUGACCCCUCCUAAUGUUAGCGCUGCUUCUUUAGACAGUGAUGCCAUGAGACCAGUCUCUGUUGUAGCACUUCCUGUGAACCAUGGUGGCACAAAGUCUCUUGGUUCCGCUUCGAAUCAUGGUGUUGCUUGUAGACUGGAUAAAGACUGCAAGGUGAGACUUGUUGAACUAUAUCAUUUUACAACAUCUGCAACUUUUAUAAUGGUUUCUUUUGCUAUUCCCUCCCAUCAGUGUUAUUUUAAUAUGCUGUAGGAAGGCAUUUGGCAG